AUGUUGCCCGACGAAAUCAUCGCGCAGCUCGAUGCGGAAUUUCAGUGUCGCCACCAGCAGAUCCAGCACCUAGCGGCUCUGUACAGCGCGCAUCUCCCUUCUCCGCCCUUUCUCAACAUCCACGGCCUGACAGCGACGGGCAAAUCGGCCAUCCUGCGCUCUUACUUUCACUUGUCGCGCGCAUGUCAUGCCAUUGUCAACGUCCGCGAAUGCAUCACGACGCGCCACCUCGUCGAGCGCAUUGUCGCAUCCAGUGUGGAUGCGAUUGACGAAUUCCAUGACGAGAAGACAGACCGGAGGCCUUUUGCGCGAACGGAAAAUUUGAGCGCACUGUGCGUGAACAUGGCGAGGCUGCUGGAGGGAAGGGCCAAGUUCACUCUGGUGCUCGAUGCCAUGGACAAACUGCGCGAGGGGGGAGGAACAUUGAUCGCAGCGCUGGGAAGAUUAGGGGAAACGGCAUGUUUCUAUAUGUACCAGGCGAAAGACGCGGCGCUGACGUUCUCCAAGAUACCCAAUCUCUCCAUCAUCGUGACCACCACGCUGCCACUUACGCCCUCUGUCCUCCACUCGUCGUCGACCUCGUUCCUCCACUUCCCGUCGUACACGCGCGCCGAACUCCUGGCCAUUCUCGGUGCCCACCCACCCAAAAUCUUCCCCGAACCGCCUUCGCUGGAAAAGUUUCCCGACUAUACGCCUGAUGUCGCGGCCGAAGACGAUGAGUGGCUCUGGGGCCGCUUCCUGCAGGCCGUGUACGACUCGCUCGCAAAACACACUGGCAGAGACGUCGUCAGCUUCAAGAGCUGCGCAAUGCGACUAUGGCGUCCCUUUGUAGAGCCCGUGCUAGCAGGACAGUUCGGCACGCGUGAUUUCUCCCGCUUGAUGGUGAACCGCCGCCAUCUGUUCCAGCUCGAAGACUCAGUCCUCGAUCGCAUCAUCUCAUCCACCGAAGACCUCUCAAGCAAGGACACCACCGCCUCAGCAAUGCCGCCAGCCACCCCCAGCAAAAAGAAACCUGCUAACAUGACUGCGCACACGCUCCCAUACUACACGACGCACAUGCUAAUCGCCGCCUACCUCGCCUCGUACAACCCCUCGCGCACAGACGUGACAUACUUUAUGAAGCACACGGACAAGCGCAAGAACAAGCGGCGCGCCCCGACUGCCGCAUCCUUCAGCGUGACGGGAAAACGCUCUGGCUCCAAGCACCGCAAAAUCAGCCGUCACCUUCUUACCCCCAGCCCCUUUACUCUGGACCGUCUCCUCGCCAUUUUCCGCGCUCUGCUUGACGGCACAGUGCCCCAGGUAGCA